AUGCCCGGCACCAGACCGCAGCCACAACCAGGCAAGUGGGGCAAACAAACACGUCUCACUCCAACACCGAGGCCGCCAACAAGAAACAUCCAACCCAAAAUGGCAGGCCCACCCAAAUGCAAGCUCCGGGCCAGCAUAGGCACAUGCGCGACCCGCAGACAAACAAGCCAGGACCCCCUGGGCCAGCCAGGCAGUCAAGCAGACCCCGCGAUGCACCACCCCGCCCACUACCAUACCCAAGGGAAAGACACCAGCCCAAACAAGAAGGGCGACAAAGAAAGGCCACAGCACGUACAGCAAAGAGGCUACACUCCCCCCGAAGAUGCAGAAUCACCAACAUCUAUGCCAGCCAAGCAGAAACGACAGAGCCAAGCCAAGCUGCGGGGCACAGUGAAGACCACCAACCCCAAGCACACACCACCCACCAGGAACGACCCAGCAGAUAAGCAAACCCCACCUCAGCAUAAGGCCGAGAAGCCCGAUGUAACCACCGAGCCCAGCGACGCCCGCCCUGCCAUACAAAACACGGAGGCCAGAGCCGGCAUGCCCAGGACCACCACCCUGACACCACAGCACGCCAAACAGCUGAGGACAGAACGCAGCAAUAAGCACCCAAAGCAGAAGCCAUACACAAAGCCCACAAAAUACAAUAGCCCCACGAGAAAACCCACACCGAAGCCCACAAAAGGCAUAGAGCCCAAAGAGCCAAAACCUAAACCCACCAAGAAGCCUAGACCAGUACACCCCAGAUCAGCCACAGCCAGCCCACCCACCAAACCAUGCAGACCCCUCCAACCCCCCUCCCCCAGACAGGACCGGCAUCAGGAACCGGAAGUAACCAGAAUCCGAACCGGAAACACCCAGGUUCAAACGAUGCCCAUCCCCACCCAAGGCAAAUCACCCACCUCCAUCCCGGAAGAAAACUAUCACCCACCUCAACAUCCGAACAUCUCCCAGAACAUAUUACCAGAGACAUUAGACACCCAGGUUGACUCUGCCCCACCCCCGCUCAUAGAUCCUCCGCCCCACCAGCAGAGUGCACUCCUUGAAGGAGAGAGCCGUUGCCGGGUGCCAGAGCAUGUGCUGGCCCAAAACCCCAGUGACAUACCUGCCCAGACCCAAGCCCCCCCCUGGCCAGCCAGGACCACAGCCCAGGGGCGACACACCCCAGGAACCCAGAGCACCCAAGCCCAUCCCAGAUCUGCCCAGGAGCAGCCCGACCACCAGGCCAGGAACCUAUGUCCGCCGGUACAGGCUUCCCAAAAGCAUCGCAUGCAGCCACCAGAUGCCACCCCCGAGAGCCACCAAAGCCCCAUCCCAGUUGGGCCACAGCCCCUGACACCAGACCCCCCAGAGACCCCAGUCCAGGGACACCCCAAAUUUCCCAAACCCAGACACCACCCCCGCAUCCGCCACAAUGCCCCACAGGACGAAGCCAAAGAUGCUCCACCCCCACUAGGUGAUGGAGCCGAUUAA